AGCUGAUUUAAAAAUAAAAAAGAGGAUGGGGUAGGUAGGGAAAGAUGCCAAAUCUCUAAGAUGCUAUAUUCUCAUUUAGUUUAAAACCACUGCUGUCUUCGAUCGCACGACGCAUACGAUUUUGCGUAUACUGUCAAAGAUGGUGUGCGGUGGCUUUAACUGCUCAAAAAAUGCACUUAUAGUGCUGAAUGUAUUAUAUAUCCUGGUAUCCUUCAUUUUAAUUGGAGUUGCUGCAUAUGGAAGGGUUGCUGCCAUGGUGACUAGCCUAACACUGGUUGGCAGUUUGAUUGCUUGUGGUGUUUUUCUUUUCAUAAUAUCCCUCAUUGGUCUCAUUGGUGCAGCCAAGCAUCAUCAAGUUCUACUCUUUUUUUACAUGAUUAUAUUGUUCCUGCUGUUUCUGCUUCAAUUCUCACUGGCCUGCGCUUGUCUAGCUGUCAACCAAGACCAGAAAGAUGCCUUAGCAGAGCAGGGCUGGCGGAUGGCUAGCAAUGACACGCGGCAUGAUGUACAGCGCCAGUUUGACUGCUGUGGUUUCAAGGAUCCCGACCUUGAUUUUCUUGAGCCUUUGGGCCACCCUGUCUGUGUAACUGUAGCAGCUUGCUGUGACAAAAACAGCGAUGCAUUCUGUUGUUCAGGAAUCAUCAAUGGAUCGCAGCCACCUUGUCCUUGCCAGCCAUGCUUGUUAAAAAUGCGUGAAGUUAUCUAUAAUGCAUUCUCCGUGACAGGCGGUGUUGGUUUGUUCUUCAGUUUAACGGAGAUUGUUGGCGUGUGGAUCACAAUUCGAUUUCGAAACCAGAAAGAUCCUGGUGCAAACCCUAGUGCUUUUCUCUAAAAGAAUAGAGCAAAAUGUUUGCAGUAACUCCAUAGCAUGAAAGGAGAUCAUUGGUGUAUGGUUAGCAAUGCGGUACAGGAACCAGAAAGAUCCCUUGGCAAACCCCAGUGCAUUUUUAUAGCAUGUUGGGCUGGACUUACGCUAUUUAUUUUGCUGAGACAAUGAAUGUUAGAUUAUCAUAUUUGGGCACCUGCUGUAAUAUUUUCUGAUAAUUCUCUGGAGAUCUGUCACUGCGUGCAUGAAAUAGUUGUUGCAUACAGAUGUAGCUGUAUAUUAUCCUAGUUCAUCAUUUUGCAAACAACACAAAACUGUUUAGGUCAUUGAUUUGCUUAAGCAUAAAAAGAUAAACAAGGCAUUGUGCUGUCAUGUAUGUUCAUACCUAUGCAUGCCAUGCCAUUCCAUUUGGUAUUUCUUUUCUAAACAUCUGGACAUUAGAGGUGCCAAAAUUACUACAGUAUUCUUUGUCAUUAUUUUCACUGAUUGAAAAAAAAAAAAAGCUAGCAACAUUGGCACAGGUGUCUUACACAUUCCUAAUUUUUUACAGCCUGUGACCUUUAUGACUGACAUCUCUCUGAGGUGAAAGUCCAUUUUGUGAGCUCUGUGCCAUGCCUGAUCAAGGGAAGAAUGUGUAAUUAUGCUUGGUGGCAGAGAAUUAUGCUAUUUUAAGUUGCAUAUUUAUUUUGAGUUUUCGUCUGGUCCCGCAAAAGUAUUAUUUUGUGUUAUGUUCUCUUGAAGAUUCUGUGUGUGAACAUUGUAUAUAAUAGCAUUUUUGGAAGGGAUUGUCUUUUUCUUGAAAGUUUCUUACUGCACUGUAUUGUAUACUAACAUGUGUUUCAUACCUUAAGUUCUUCUGUGAGUGCUUUGACAAAACCAGAAGUGUUACAUUGUGUAAGUUCUAUCUAGUUCUUUUAAACAAAAGCUAGUCUUUAUUUUCCUGAUAUGCUUCAGUGAUUGACACUUUAAUGGUGAUAUGACAUUGUUAUUUUUAAGAACAAGCACAUAAUCAGUUUUAAGAAGUGAUAAAUUUCAUCAAAUGGUCAUCAUUGUUUGAAUAUAAGGGUAUUAAACCAAAUUAGUGGUAGAGGUUUAGAUAGGCACCAUGGUCAAGUCUACACUUUAGAAAUAAACUUAGAAAUAUUUUUGCACAGUCUCUGGAAGAUCUGUCACAUUCCUGAUACUUUUCUUUUCCUAUUUCAGCAAACUUGUUUUUCUGUUGCUCUGGUGCAUCUCACCAUCAAAAUAACAAUCCAUAUAUAUAAAUAUGCAUUUUGCAAGUUUUUACAUUUCUUUCCCUAGUAAGAUAUAAAAAGUAUUAAAAUUUUGCUUUUUAGCCUUCUUUGUUUCUGCAUAACUGUACAAAGAAUUUGGGAUUAUAAAUUUUAAGGCCUUUAGCUUAUCACUCAUUUCUUGAUCAGAGCAGCAUCCUUGACACGAAAAAAUACUGAUGUUAAAAAGGUUGUUAAUAGUUUUUUAUUUGAUAAGAUCCAAGCUUUUAGAAUAAUGAUGCAGAUAUGAGACUUGUUGAACUAAUCAGCUAGACUUUAUUAAAUGCUUGUGUAGAUUUUUGUUUUCAUAGUCAUGCAUUUGGAAAGAAGCAUAUUAGGUUUUUUUUUUAUGUUUCAUCUUAAGUACUGCUGGAUUUACGUUAGAACACCACAUCUCAUUUGCAUUUUUAAAACCUCAUUUAAGAUAAGUAGAGCUAGUAGCAGUUUGUGACAUAACUAGCUUCUAUAAUUUUUUUUAUAAUUAUUAGUUAUUUCUUUGGUGUGUGUGGUUCUUGCUAAACCCUAAACUUACAAAUGAAUAUAUUGUCGGAAAAUAUUUCUCUACAGUGGGAUUGGUAAUUUUUUCUUUAUUUAUGUAUAUGAUGUAUUAGCCUUUGCUACCUGUCAAACAAAUCCUGCAAAUCAGAUAUGUUAAUUCCUAAUACUCCCCCUAAGAGCAUCUUAAGGUUAAUCAUACAUUUAACUUUACUAGCCCUGUAACUCAUUGAAAUAUUAUAACUGUCUUACCUAACUUCUUGGAAGGGGGUGCAACAGUGUAGAUUACACCCAAAGUAUGCAGUAUGGUAACAGUACUGUUGGUCUCCCAUGCCCCUUCAUCCCUUUAUCCAUACAUCAGUGGAUACACUUCUUUUCACUUCUUAAUUGUGAGUUGUCCUCGAGAUUGUGAAUGUGACAGUUUUGUGUUUUUAAAUCUUGUAAUGACAGUGAAAUGAAUGAACAUCUGUAUUAGUGAUGUGUAACUGCUGUCAUGGUCAGCUUGAGAGAUAUCAGCUUGAAGUGUCCAUGCUGUCUGCUUUUGCAUUCAGCAGACAGUUGGCACAAUUUUCUUUGUAUGGUAAUGUUCAAGAAUCACAUGUGAUGGUUGUUUUAUCUUUUUGUCCAGGAAUCACAGGUGAGGGUCUUAGUUUAUUUUGUCAUUACUGCAGUACAUUGCAGUUCAACAUCAGUUACACAUACUGCUCACAUGACAAAGGAUGCUGGCAUAACUUAAGGUGGCAGGCUCAGUAAUUUGAUGUAACUCUUAUCCUCUCACCUUCCCAACAUUCUCCUUUUUGUGUGUGUGGCUUAUCCAUAAACACAUGCAUGCAUUUUUACUCUGUUUUGUUCAACCCCCACUUCUCCUUCAGUAAUUGAUGUUGGUGCUUCACCACCUUAGAUUUUACCGAAUCCUUCAUUUCCAGGAUUCAUUUUCAUUGUGAGCUAUGUCAGCAUAAUAUUGAAUUAACAGUUUAGCCUUGCUGUUUGUAUUAUUUAGGGGGAUUCAUUGUGCAGUGUGCAAAAUUAGAACAUUACAAGUUUUUGCAUUUCUUUCUUGAAAUAUCUACAGAAGGUGGUAAUGAGGAAGGUAUUGAGGUUUAUGUUUAUCUGGUUCAUUUUAUUGAUACACAUCCUGCAAUAUUCAAAACAGUAAUAAAAUAGAUUGUAGUUAGGAACGUAAGAGGAUUUUUUUUUAAAAAAAAACAAAAGUUAACUGCUCAUCUUGUAGAAAAACCAAAGCAAGUCAUGGAUUUUUUGUGUAAGAGCCACAGUAGGCUUUUUUUGCCACUGAAGCGAUUUUGUAGUCAGACAUUGAUAUCAUGACAACUGUUCAGGGUUUUUUGCUAUAAAAUACAAGCAUUUUUUGUGGCAUUUUCCUUUUUUAAAUUUCAGUUUCCUAUGAAACAUUUUAUUUAUAGGGAUGCCUUUGUAUUUUGUGGUUAAGGAAAAGAAAAAUAAAUGCUGUAUGGUCCAUAUUUUCGUCAUAGAGGGUAAAGGUUUAGCCAUGGUGGGUAAUUACUAUCAGAAAUGCAUGAACAUACUCUGAAUUUGAACAUCUCACCUUUUAAAAGUAAAAGAUAUUUACAAUUGCUACAGGAGUUGUUGAGCACGAGUGGAAAGGGGGAAGUACAGAACUUGAUAGAAUUCAUGAGAUUUUAUGUACAGAUGUUUUAGUUUCAAACAUCUUCACUUUGGACAGACAUUAAAAGAUCAUGAUCUGCAGGUCUUUGCUUGUAGUUUUUGCUGAGUGCACACAGUUUAGGCAAGAUUGGAAAGAAAGGCACUGUUUCAUUAUCCCAAUUGUAUAAGUUGCUGGCCUUCAUUAGUAUUAAAAUAGCUUUGCUCAAUAUAUUUUAAGAUACAGGUGUUUUCUGCAUGACGUUUUAAAAAGAACUUUUUUAAAUUGCAAAUUUAUAGAGCAUGAUGAAUGGAAAGAUACUAUUAACAGAUUUUUCAAAUGUGUGAUCUGAAAAGUCAUGUGUUCCUAUAAAGAGGAAUUCUGUUGCAACUGACCACAGUUUGAAGAUGAUUUGAAAGAAUAGAAACUGUUUAAAGGUAAACUGCAAAAAUCAUAUACCAUUUAGAUUUUUCUUGCUUUCAACUAUACAAUUUACUGGAUAUAUAUAUAUGAGGAGUUUUUUGUUUUGUUCUGGUGCAAUAAACUUUUCAUCAAUUA